AGCCAAACAUUCAGGUUCAGAGACUGUGGCAUUUUUCUGGUUAUUAGCUUGGUGCUAAUAAGACCUAGGUUCUGGGUUUGAUCCUCAUAUGGGCCAUUCACUUAAGAGCUGGACUCAUUGAUCCUUCUGGGUUCCUCCUAACUCAGACCAGUCUGUGAUUCUGUAACCAGUCAAGUCUCCAUUAUUGAUGCUCAGCAGAAAACCUAAAACAGGUUUCAGUAAUUGUUGCUCAGUCUAGAGAGAUCCAUGGCACAGCAGAUGUUAGGAAUUAAAGGAUACACUCUAAAUAAAAUCAACUUCAGAGAAAUCUCUAUGAUCAUUUUAGAAUUUUAGAAUCCUGUGUUCUUUCAUGUCUUUGCCAUCAAACACAUGAACUGCUGAAGCUUGCUGUUAAUGUUGAAACUACUUAGGGACAGAAGCGGCAGUUGGAUGAGAGAAGACUGUGUCAAGCAGCAGGCCAAAAUUCAGACUAAAGCAAAACAAGUUCUCAGUUUUUAAUGUAUUUUUUGUCCUUUCAAGAUGGCAAAAGGGUGGGCUUAAAUAAGAACUUCAGCACAAGGAACUCUGUCCAGUUUUGGCCACUGCUGUGGGUGUGUGUGAUGUUGGAUAAUCCCUGCCCGUUCCUGUGGUGGCAGUUAGGCUGUUUUAACACAGAGAUUGUCAGGAUGAUAAAUACAGUAUGAACUAGAAGGGCUGUGGAUGUCUGACUGAGGAAAUUAGUAGGGUUUUUUUGGGAAUACUGCUCCAUUUAUGGUUUCUGUGUGCAUGGGCCAGUGCUGGUUAACAGAUCAUCCCCGGAGUUUCAUGUGGGGGCUGCCAAGUUCUGGUGAUGGGGGAAAAUUCAGUGUUGCGGGUAUGAAUUACCCCACUUCAGGCAGCUGUUUUCCUUUAUGUCCUGCUGCUGGAGGGGAUGGGAGUUGCACAGCGAACUGCAGGAAUGUCUCAUGACUAGGGAGAGCUAGAAGCUGGGGCAUCACUGCUCCCGUUCCCAACGCAGGCAGCUGGGGAGUGGCCGAGGAGGGGCUGGGGGUGGAAAGUGCUUAAUUCCAGAGUUCAGUGAAAUCAACAAACCAGCUCUUCAGGCUGAACAGUUCCUGUCUCUCAGCCUGUGCCUUUAAGCUCCGCCGAGAACUCCCCCAGUGCCUCCCACCGCCCCCGCCGGCGCCCCACGGGCCCGGGCGGGUCAGCUGCCGGGGAAGGGACCUGGCGGCAACGGGAAAAGCCAAGCAGAGCCCAUCUGUAGAGCUGCUCAGAAAGCAUGGACCAGAAAAAGCCAGGGCAAAGCACCCAGAGAAGGAGACUGGGGGCCUGCUGCUGGAAGGCAACCGCUGCUGCUGCCAUGGUGGGCAGCGCAACAGCCCUCUGCCUGGGGAUCCUGUUGGCCUGCCAUUCCACAGAAGAGGCCAGCUUUGAGCACAUAGUGGAGCUGCAAGGAAUCCCAUUCAACAGCAGCUUACAGAUGGAGAACUCGGACUACUAUAGGGUGCUGACACCUGCUCUUGAGAAGCUGUUUCUGUCCAGUCUCCAGGACUCCCAGCUGAACUGGAGUUGCACUGGUUGCACCAUCCUAGGCUACAGGAAUGGAAACUCCGGUGUGAUUGUCCAUUUCCGCCUCCUCUUCACCCCCCAGGAUUCCCAGCCCCUGAGCUCUGCCUUGGAGGAGGAAGCUCUCAGGCACGGGCUGGCAGCUGCCCUGCACAAGCAGGGCUUCUCCCUGGCUGCCUAUGGAACCAUCUCCUCAGCUUCUCUCACAGGUCCCAACAAGGUUUCUUCCCACAGACCUGGACUGAAAUCAGACUGUGGGAGUCGCCCUGCCAUGCAGACUGCCAGCAGGAUAGUCGGAGGCUCAGAGGCAUCCAGAGGGGAGUUCCCGUGGCAAGUCAGCCUUCGAGAGAACAAUGAGCACUUUUGUGGUGCUGCAAUCCUCACAGAGAAGUGGCUGGUGUCUGCUGCUCACUGCUUUACUGAGUUUCAGGACCCAGCCAUGUGGGCAGCUUACACAGGGACUACCUCCCUCAGAGGCUCUGAUGGCAGUGCAGUGAAAAUGGACAUUUCACAGAUCAUCCCACACCCCUCUUACAACCCUGACACAGCUGACUAUGAUGUGGCCGUGCUGGAGCUGAAGAGACCUGUGACUUUCACUAAGUACAUCCAGCCCGUAUGCCUGCCAGAUGCUGGCCAUCACUUCCCCACCAGCAAGAAGUGCCUUAUCUCUGGCUGGGGCUACCUCAAGGAGGAUUUCUUGGUGAAACCCGAGUUCUUGCAGAAAGCAACAGUGGAGCUCCUAGACCAGAACCUGUGUUCCAGUCUCUACAGCCAUGUCCUCACAGACAGGAUGAUGUGUGCUGGCUACCUGGAGGGGAAAGUUGACUCCUGCCAGGGUGACUCUGGUGGGCCCCUGGUUUGCCAAGAACCAUCUGGCAGGUUUUUCCUGGCAGGAAUUGUGAGUUGGGGUAUUGGAUGUGCUGAAGCCAGGCGGCCUGGGGUUUACACACGUGUCACCAAACUCAGAGACUGGAUCUUGGAUGCUAUUUCUGCCUUCCCUACCUCCGUAGUCCAUACUCUUCCUCCAGUACACUUCAGGACUAACAGUAACAUGGUCAGCACUGAUGAGGUCAAUACUACCACCAGAGCAACCCCUACCACCUCACCAGCCCCAGCUGCCAGCAGGCCAGUGACUGCAGCAAGACCACAAGAGUGUGGAGGACGACCUGGGUUCUCUAAACCCAGCAAGAUUGUGGGAGGAACAGAUGCUUCCAGAGGAGAGAUCCCUUGGCAAGUCAGCCUGAAAGAAGACUCAAGACAUUUCUGUGGAGCCACCAUCAUUGGGGACCGUUGGCUGCUGUCAGCAGCUCACUGCUUCAAUGAGACAAUGCCAGAAGAGAUCGAAGCCUAUGUGGGAACAACAUCACUAAAUGGAACAGACGAGAAUGCAGUGAAAGUCAAUGUGACAAGAGUGAUCCCACAUCCCCUCUUCAACCCCAUGAUUCUGGACUUUGAUGUGGCUGUACUUGAACUGGCAAGACCUCUUGUCUUCAACAAAUACAUACAGCCCGUGUGCCUCCCACUUGCUGUGCAGAAGUUUCCUGUUGGCAAGAAAUGCCUCAUUUCUGGAUGGGGUGAUCUCCAGGAAGGGAAUGACACCAAGCCUGAGAUCCUGCAGAAAGCAUCUGUGGGCAUCAUAGAACAGAACACGUGCAACUUCCUCUACAACUUCUCCCUCACUGACCGAAUGAUCUGUGCUGGCUUCAUGGAGGGGAUGGUAGACUCAUGCCAGGGAGAUUCAGGUGGGCCCUUGGCCUGUGAGGUGACCCCGGGAGUGUUUUACCUUGCUGGCAUCGUGAGCUGGGGAUUUGGUUGUGCCCAGGCUAUGAGACCUGGUGUGUACUCCAGAAUUACCAAACUCACAGACUGGAUCCUGGACACCAUCUCUCAGUUGCCAAGUGGUGGCACAAACAUCCCUUCCAGUUCAGUCAUCCCUAGAACUUCUACCACAGCCAUUUUUAUCCAGCCCAGCAUAAUGGCUGUAAGUCCAGCCAGCAGAACCACCCUGGGGACAAGGAUGAACACAACCAUGAGUGAAAUCUUCACAGCUCUAAGAACGACCAAGACAGCCAAGCCUACCCAAACCCCAGUGGUGCCUUGUACCAGCCUCACUUUCAAGUGUUCCAGCAAGGUGUGUAUUGGAAAAGAAAAUCCUGAAUGUGAUGGUGUUGUGGACUGCAGCAAUGGCUUCGACGAGCGCAACUGUGACUGUGGCCUAACAACUGCUCUGGCCUUCAGCAAGAUUGUGGGUGGCAGCAGUGCGGUCCGAGGAGAAUGGCCCUGGCAAGUCAGUCUUUGGCUUCGGCGGAAGGAGCACAAGUGUGGGGCUGUCCUCAUUGCUGACCAGUGGCUGCUCUCUGCAGCUCACUGCUUUGACAUUUACAGUGACCCCAAAAUGUGGGUGGCCUUUCUAGGAACACCCUUCCUGAGUGGCGUUGAAGGCAAAAUGGAGAAAAUAUUUCGUAUCUACAAACACCCCUUCUACAACGUCUACAGCCUAGACUACGAUGUGGCACUACUGGAACUGAGCACACCUGUCACAUUCAGCAGGACCAUCAGACCUAUAUGUCUCCCAGACAAUUCUCACAUCUUCCAUGAAGGGGCCAGAUGCUUCAUCACAGGCUGGGGCUCCACAAAGGAAGGAGGUCUCAUGUCAAAGCAUUUGCAAAAAGCAGCAGUGAACAUGAUCGGAGACCAGGCUUGCAAAAAGUUCUACCCUGUCCAGAUCAGCAGCAGGAUGCUGUGUGCUGGUUUCCCACAGGGCACCGUCGACAGCUGUUCAGGUGAUGCAGGUGGGCCCCUGGCAUGUAAAGAACCUUCAGGGAAGUGGUUUCUAGCAGGAAUCACAAGCUGGGGCUAUGGCUGUGCCAGGCCAUACUUCCCUGGUGUCUACACCAAAGUCACAGCUGUCCAGGGCUGGAUUGUGCAGCACCUCAAGCUCUGAAACUGCAUUUCACCACUCAGGGAAGGCAAUGAAUGAGAGGAAUAACUGCCAGAGGAUGCACUAACCCCUCAGCUACUGUACAUUUUCCUGAUGUUGCAAAGGGGUGAAGAUGGCCUUGCAGGUAUUAAACAAAUGCCAGUGUUCUGUGACCUGCUGGUUGUUACACCAAGGCAUUUGAUAACUGCUUUGCAUAGAAAGGUACAAAUUCUAAACCUUUUCUAUAAAUAAAUGAAGCCUGUCCCAUCUUAAGACCUCACCAAAUACACCGCACAUUAAAACAUGACCUUUCUAGUUGGAUGGGUACCGGAAACAAAUUAAUGGAGUUUGGCUCACCUCUGCUUAUGAGCUGUCAUCCCAAAGCCAAGCCAAUAGACUUGUGACCAUUGCCCCAGCCCAAAGUUAUGCCCGUGCAGAAGCUUCUGACCUCACCGACUUGAUGGAGCU